CGAAGGGUUUCAUUCCGUGGAUAACUCUCAACAAGUUAACACUGCGCACUCUUCUCAAAGAAUAUAUCAAGUAAAAUCACGUAAAGUGUUUGAUCAACAAAGUGUCGACAACGUCAUUUAUUUUUGUUUAAAAUUAAAUCUCUUCGCUUAAAUAGUUUUUAAAAAAGUGAUUUUAAAAAUUUAGUACAAUUUUUUUUUUGAUAAGUGCAAAAAACCCGAUCGACAAAAUGAUGCACCAAAACGCUUACGUUCAACAAUAUCAACAAACAUUAAUUCAACAGCACCCGCAACAAAUGAACCAUAUGCAUUCGCAACAACCACAUCAUCAAAUGCAAACUGCUCCAAUGGCCAAACGACCGAUCGCUCCAGCACCACCAUCAAUUGCCGAACACAAUCAGCUAAAUCGUGUCAGCAGCACAAUGAGCAACAGCAAAAAAUCAAAGAUGACAUACGCACAUAUGGCAUACACAGCAACCCAACCAGCUUCCGUUCAACGUCGAAAUGCCCGUGAACGUAAUCGUGUUAAACAAGUCAAUAUGGGUUUCAAUAAUUUACGGCAACAUAUUCCAUCUGAUGUGAUAACAAAGCUGGCAAAUGGUGGUCGUGGUGCUAGUAAAAAAUUGAGCAAAGUGGAUACAUUGCGAUUGGCUGUUGAAUACAUUCGACGCUUGCAAGGACUUUUGGAUGACAGUGAUAUUGAAUCGCUAAGUGCUUCAUCGAACUCAAUCUCAUCAUCGACAUCAAGUAAUUCAUACUAUUCACCAAGCCCAGUACAAUGCAUUCAACCACCGCCACCAUGUUCCGAAUCAUCAGCAUCGCCAACACCAUCGUAUUCCUCCGAUAAUUCAUCGGUCGGAAAUUCAAAUUAUAUUUUACCAACAACAUACAAAUACGAAACGUACGAUUCCUACAAUAAUGUGGCAGCACAUGACGAAGAUGAACUUUUGGAUGCGAUUUCCUGGUGGCAGCAACAAUAAAACGAAGACAAAAAUCAACCGAUGCUAUGCUGCCAAACACUAUCACAUGUCGUCAAUACACACAAGAAAUUCAGAUCAGAGAAAAGAGACCUUUUGAUGAACGGAAUUUUCGGAAUUGUACACGCAUGAUGAAGACGAUAUCUAGUCAUUCCAUAAGAAUUACCUCUUUUUUAUAUUUUAAGUUUUUAUAAUUAAUAAAAUGUUAACCUUUAAGUUAAAACCCAUAGUUUUGUUAAGUUCACAACAUUUUGUACUAUUGAUUGUAAUAACAGCUUCAUUUUGAUCUAAUUAAACUUGAAAGCAAAUGAAAUGAAAAAAAUAAACCACGUGCCUUUUUAAAACAUAUGAAAAUUGAUUUCGAAUCGAAUGUUAUAAAAGAAAAAAAAGGAUUUCAAAGUUUUGCGUCAUUUGCAUGAUUCCUUCAUAUAAAAGAUCACUUUUUGAAUACAAUAAGUUCGCCAGUGAAACAUUUAAAUUAUCUAAUUUUUAAGACAUACUUUUUGUUCGUUAUAGGAUUAAGACAUUGUUUAUAUAAAAAAAC